UUAGAACCAACCUAUAGGUCUAACAACUUCGCAACGACCUGUCCGCAGUUUGCAUAGAAAUUCCCAGUGCUCUACCAAACCUCUGAGCUCUACUCAUCUCUACUCGACUGGCGAUUUCUUAAGCUCCCCAGUUACACUCGCCUGAUAACGACAUUAAUAUCAUAUCGAGUCAUCAUGAUUAUAAAUACCGCCAUCCUCCGGGCUAUGUUGGCAUCGACCUGUUUAAUUUCUAUCGGCCUAUGCGAAGCUAGAGAUUACCAAGUUGCGCGGUUGCGAAACGUACAAAAUGACGAUUUCGCACGCGUUUCAGAACUCGAGGCGCUGAAAGAUACCCUCCACGAGAUUCAGGACGUUAUCCCUUUUAAUGAAAGAUUCACCAGUACAGGGAAACGAGAUCCCAAGAGGAAACCCAAGAGCAGCAACGGCAAUAAGAAUGGGACAGAUCAGGAUGACGAUGACUCGGGAGUGGGAAAGGUGGACAUAUCAAUGCCCUUGUCCAUCGGUGCGGGCCUAGUUAUCGUGACGAUGCUUCUUCAAUAUUAAAUUGCAGAUAAUCGAGCUGGGAUGGGAAUAAUCAAUUCGGACC